UGGCCUGACCGACAGUCAGUAAACAGCCAAACAGAGAGAGUGAGAGAGACAGAGGGACGAUGGGAGAGAGCGUCGGAGUUCGAUCGGAGGCAGAGCAGCACGAACCUCCCCGCACCGACGCUAGCAAUACCUGUAGUUCAAUUCCGCAUAUUCCGCCGCCGACGGACCGCCCCGUCCGCGUCUUCGCCGACGGGAUCUACGAUCUCUUUCAUUUCGGUCAUGCUCGCUCCCUCGAACAAGCUAAGAAGGCGUUCCCCAACACAUACUUGCUGGUCGGAUGUUGCAGCGAUGCGGUCACGCACAAGUUCAAGGGUAAAACUGUUAUGACUGAGGAGGAGCGCUAUGAAUCCCUCCGCCAUUGCAAGUGGGUUGAUGAAAUUAUUCCUGAUGCCCCAUGGGUGAUAAAUCAAGAGUUCCUUGACAAGCAUAAAAUUGACUUUGUGGCCCAUGAUGCUCUUCCUUAUGCUGAUGCCAGUGGAGCUGGAAAGGAUGUCUAUGAAUUUGUCAAAGCUGUUGGGAGAUUUAAAGAAACACAGCGUACUGAUGGAAUUUCUACUUCAGACAUUAUAAUGAGGAUAGUUAAAGACUAUAACCAGUAUGUCAUGCGCAACUUGGAUCGUGGAUAUUCAAGAAAAGAACUUGGUGUCAGCUAUGUUAAGGAAAAGCGCCUGAGGGUGAAUAUGAGACUGAAGAAGUUACAGGAGAAGGUUAAGGAACAUCAAGAGAAAGUAGGAGAAAAGAUUCAAACUGUCGCCAAAACAGCUGGUAUGCAUCGCAAUGAGUGGAUUGAAAAUGCUGAUCGGUGGGUUGCUGGUUUUCUUGAAAUGUUUGAGGAGGGUUGUCAUAAAAUGGGAACAGCCAUAAGGGAUCGAAUUCAAGAGCGGUUAAGAGGUCAGCAGCAGAGAGAUAUGCUGGAAAAUGGGAAUGAAGAUGACGACGAUGAUGAGUACUAUUAUGAAGAAGAGGGAGAGGAAGAGGAUGAAGAGUAUUAUGAUGAAGAAGAUUAAUAAUGAGGACCAAAAGAAGUGAUCUUCAUCCCCUCCCACCCAAUAUUUGAGGUUGUGGCCCACUUUCAUUCAACUAAUCUGGUUAAUCUCCUGUUAUAUAUAGCAUGUUGUGUAGACUAGUCACUGCAGGAUGGUAUUUCAGUUAUGCAGGUUUUGGAUAGAGUUUUUGUAUACUAUUUCAAUCCCCUCUCUUCUUAGUUCUUAUAUAUGCCCUCUAAGACAGUGUGUAUCUUUUCAUGUCUUUUUUGGGUGCAGUAAUCCAAUGUGAAUUUUGUCUGUUAUCUAAAACAAGUUUUUUUUUUUGA